AUGGGCGCCAAUGGUAGAAACUCACCAAAGAAGAUCAAGGUUCCAGCAGAUGUCAAUAAUCCACCGUUUUAUUUGCCGCUCAAGUCAUUGUCAAGAUAUAAACUUGUUAGCAAUUUGGGUAAUGGUAGUUUUGGGAGUGUCCAGCUAGCAAAAUCAACUGUUGAUCUUUAUGAUGUUUCCAAAUUCACAGCUUUCAAUAACACAUUAAUGGAAAGGACUGAGAAGUUUAAUAAUGAAAACCAUUUCAAUAAGAAAGUUGGUCUUGUUGCCAUCAAAACAAUGACUAAAAAAUUGAACUUGAUUAAUGACUAUGCCAAAAUCAAAGAAAUCAGGUUCAUAUUAUCUAUUCCAUAUCAUUUAAAUCUUGUUCAAAUGUAUGAAAUGUUCAUUGAUAAUAGAGACUACAAAUUACACAUCGUUAUGGAAUGUUUAGAUCAAAAUCUUUAUCAAUUAAUGAAGGCUAGAAGAUAUAACAAUUUUUCUCAAACAACUUUAAGAUCCAUCUUGUCUCAAAUUUUAAAUGGUAUUCGUCAUAUCCAUAAGUGUGAAUAUUUUCAUAGAGAUAUCAAACCGGAAAACAUUUUGGUGACACCAUCUAAUAGAUUUUAUGACCAAAAUUAUAUUAACUCUUCAAACUUUAAAUAUCAUGAUAGUUUUAUUGUUAAAAUUGCUGACUAUGGGUUGGCUCGUCAUGUUGAUAAUAAAAGACCAUAUACUUCAUAUGUCUCAACAAGAUGGUAUAGGUCUCCAGAGAUUUUAUUGAGAAAAAAUUGGUAUUCAAAGCCUGUUGAUAUCUGGGCUUUCGGGUCUGUUGCUUGUGAAGUUGCAACAUUUAGACCUUUAUUUCCAGGAUCUGAUGAACUUGAUCAAAUCUGGAAAGUUUUUGAUGUUUUGGGUACCCCAUACUCCAAGAAUCCACUUCCAAAUUAUUAUCCAUCUUAUGGAUAUUGGGAUGAAGUCCAAACAUUAUCAUCUCAAUUGAAACUCGAAUUUUCUAGAGUUCAACAAAGUGUUGAUAUAUCAUUCUUCCUUCCUAGUCCUGAAUUGGCACCUCUUUGUGAUGUCAUUAGAGCUUGUUUAACAUGGGAUCCUAAUACAAGAGCCACUGUUGAUGACCUUUGCUCGAUGCCUUACUUCAAAGGAACUUGUGUUGAUGAUUCACCAACUCUUCCACUUCCAAUUCCAGUACCAGCACACUUGAAAUCUUCAAAGAACAAUAUCUUGACCGAGGCUGUUGGUAACUCAUACGUUUCGAAAGCUGGAAUAUUGGCUGGGAUUCCAAAUAUGCAAAAUAAUGGGCUUUCAAAGGGUAAAUUGGUUGACACAGGUAAAAGUUGGAAUGAUAGUACUAAUAUUAUUGACAAUAAGAUCACCAAGCUGUCUAAUCAAGUCAGUGGUACAAAUGAAUCAUUCGUUACCAAGUGCUUAGACGAUCAAGCUUCAUCUGAUCCAUUUACUCUUGAUUUGGAUACCCAAGAAAAUCUUGUUAAUUCUUCAAAUGAUGAAAAUCAAAAUGCAUUCAAUAAUAAUGGUUUCCAUAAUGUCAACAAUAUUAGCCAAAAUUUCACAUAUACAAGUUACAACUCUACCAAACCAAGGACAACACUCAAACCUUCAACUGAUGAUUAUAAUUUAUUGCACUAUACAGGUGGUAAUAAUAUGUAUCCUUUUAGCCCUAAUAUUGAUCCAAACUAUGUUUAUAACCCACAUAAUAAUCAACACCACAACCAUCAACAGGGUCAACAGAUACACUUCAACUACACACAUGGAGAUCUUUUCACCAAUUCUAACGAUUUGGUCAGCAUAAAGCCUAAUACAAUAGAUGAAAAUUUUUCACAUAAUUCACCAAAAAACAAUAAUCGUCAAUAUGGAGUUGAUGGCUCAAGUUUAAAUAUUGAUGAAAUAAUUGAUACUCCGAUUGACGAAAUAGAGGAUAAGCUUUUAUUUCAAGGAACAACAACAAAUGGAAGUAUUCAAGGGUUGUAUCCAAAUGAUUAUCAGCAAAAUCAAAGAAAUGAUAAUGCUGAGGUUGGUAAUGAUUCAACUCAUUCGAAUUUACCUUUAUUUACUGGAGAAUUGCUAUCAAAGUUCAAUUUACGCAGAACUAACAAUGAAGUCUCUACAGAUUCUUCAUUUCCAGAUAUUCAAGACCCAUAUGAUGUUUACCAAUAG